GUGGCUGCCGAUAAUCUAUUCAAAAAAAAAAACCUGUCAAAAUGGCAGCCGUCGGAGUGCAAAGGUUUCCGAAGUAGAUAAAAAAUCGAUCUGUUGGUUUCAGUCGAACGAGUUCAUCUCUACUUUCCUCCAAAUCUCAUUGUCAUGUGCGGUAUCUUUGGUGUGUUUAACUAUCAAGGCGAUAUGUCUUCAUAUCGCCAACGUGCACUCUAUCUUUCUAAGAAGAUUAGACAUCGUGGUCCCGAUUGGUCAGGAUGUGUUGUCAAGGGUAACCAUAUCAUGGCUCACGAGCGUCUUGCUAUUGUUGGUGUCGACAGUGGUGCCCAGCCCCUCGUUAACGAAGACGAAAGCAUCAUUCUUUGUGUCAACGGAGAGAUCUACAAUCACAGACAUCUUCGUGCUCAAUUGAAGGAAGACCACAAGUUCCAGACUCACUCUGACUGUGAGGUUAUCAUGCACAUGUACGCUGAGAUGGGAACCGACUUCAUUCAACACCUUGAUGGUAUGUUCUCAUUUGUCUUGUUGGACGUCAAGCGCAACCGUAUCAUCGCCGCUCGUGAUGCUAUUGGUAUCACCACAUUGUACUAUGGUUGGUCAUCCAAGAUGCCCGGCACCAUCUACUUUGCUUCUGAGUUGAAGUCUCUUAACGAAGAGUGCGACAAGAUCUUGGCCUUCCCCCCCGGUCACGUCUAUGAUUCUGAGACUGAGCAAACCACUAGAUGGUUCAACCCUACAUGGUGGGAUGGAGACAAGAUACCCAACACUCCCCUUGACUACACCGUUUUGCGCGAGUCUUUGGAAACUGCCGUUCGCAAGCGUCUUAUGGCUGAAGUUCCCUAUGGUGUUCUUUUGUCGGGUGGCUUGGAUUCUAGCUUGAUUGCUGCUAUCGCUCAACGUGAGACCGAGAAGAUUGCCUCUGGCGGUGCUAACGCUGAUGAUGACAACCUCGAUGAGAGUGGUCCCCGAUCAUGGCCCAAGCUCCAUUCGUUCUCCAUUGGCUUGUCUGGAUCUCCAGAUCUCGUUGCUGCUCGUGAAGUUGCAAAGCAUCUCGGCACCAUUCACCACGAAUAUGUCUUCACCCUUCAAGAAGCUUUGGAUGCCGUUGCUGAUGUCAUCUACCAUCUCGAAACCUACGAUGUGACCACCAUCCGUGCUUCAACACCCAUGUAUCUUCUUUCUCGCAAGAUCAAGGCAUUGGGCGUCAAGAUGGUCCUCUCUGGCGAAGGUGCUGAUGAAGUUUUCGGUGGAUAUCUGUACUUCCACUCUGCACCCGAUAAGGCUGCUUUCCACACCGAGACCGUUACUCGUGUCAAGAACCUUCACACCUCCGACUGUCUUCGUGCCAACAAAUCAACUAUGGCUUGGGGUUUGGAAGCUCGUGUUCCCUUCUUGGACAAGGCUCUCUUGGAAAUUGCCAUGAACAUUGAUCCUCAGGAGAAGAUUUGUGAUAGAAGCAAGGGUCGCAUGGAGAAGUAUAUCGUUCGCAAGGCCUUUGAUACCAGCGACGAUCCCACCGCCAAACCAUACUUGCCCGAUAGCAUUCUCUGGCGCCAAAAGGAACAAUUCUCUGAUGGUGUUGGCUACGGAUGGAUCGAUAAGCUCAAGGACGUUUCAGAGGAGACCGUCACUGAUGAACAACUCAGCAAGGCUCACGAGAAGUGGCAAAAGGAUUGCCCUACUACCAAGGAAGCUUACAUGUACCGCACCAUCUUUGACUCAUGGUACCCUCAAGAAGCAUGCACAGCUAGCGUCGUUAGAUGGAUCCCAAGAGCUGACUGGGGCUGCCCUGAAGAUCCUUCUGGUCGUGCUCAAAAGGUUCACGCUUCUGCAUACUAGACCCCCUCUUUUUCACCUUAAUGAAAGAUAGAACGCCUUGUAUACAAAAAAUCUACCCUGACUUAAAAAGAAGGUAACAUAAAACCCAGGUAUGGGAAGCCAGAAAGAAAAAAAAAGAAAAAAAAGGAAAAGACUCCUCCCCCUCUUGUAGCAUAAUAGAUCCCAAUAUAAGAUUGUUAUAAAAAUGAUUAUAUAUAAAAAGUCUCAUCGAGUCAAUACGCCUUUUAUCAAAGUCUUCAGGAAUAUGUCUCUCACCAAUGUUCUACCAAAGUGCCCAUGGCCACACAUACCGUUUUAGGUUGAACAAAAAUGGUGCGUUGGUCUUACAAGGUAGC